CAGCACUUGCAAGCUCGAAAUGUACUUCCGAUCUUAUUAAGAUUGUUUGUACUAUACUUUUUUUUACCACUUUUAUGAUAAAAUAUAUAGCGUUCGUUAUUAAUACUAACAAUAUGAAAGAUUUAUUGAUACAACUUCAGCAUAUAUGCAACGAACUAAAAGAUGAAUCUGAGAACGCUAUCAUAAAAAAGUAUGGUCAAAAUGCAAAACGAUAUACGGUUGCACUUAUAAUACUUGGUACUGGUUCUUUAUUUAUUCUUAUUAUUGUCCAAUUUUGGACGAAUAUCGUCGAUAUUGUUUUACCGAAGAAUGAGUCUCGAUCACGGCAUGUGCUGAUUAUGACAGAGUAUUUCAUCGAUCAAGAAAAAUAUUUCUAUUUAAUUGUAUUACAUGUCCAUACAGCUAUUUGGAUUGGAGCUUUCAUUAUAGUAUCGACGGGAUCAAUGCUAAUUGCAUAUAUUCAAUAUAUGUGUGGAUUGUUCAGAAUCUCUAGCUACCGUUUUGAACGUGCAAUGGGGUUUAAUAUGCUACGAAAUAUUACUUGUAAAAACGAGAAUUUGAUAUUUAAAGGAGUAAUAUGUGCAGUAGAUAUUCAUCGGCAAGCUAUGAGAUUAUCUGAAUUAAUAGUAUGUAAAUUCGAAACAAUGUUAUUCUGUUUAAUAACAGUUGGAGUGACUUGUUUGAGUCUCAAUCUCUUUCGAAUGUUUCAGGUAGCAUCGUCUGGAGAAAACAUUAAGGAAAUAUUGCUGCCCUUUAUAUUUUCAGUUUGCAGCGUCCUAUACAUGUUUAUAGCCAAUUAUAUCGGACAAGAUAUAAUAAAUUAUAAUAAUCGCAUAUAUAUUGCCGCAUACAAUGUUCAAUGGUAUAUGGCUCCAUUACAUGUACAAAAGUUGAUAUUGUUUGUAUUGCAAAGAAGUGCUAAAGAAUUUUCUUUGGGUGUUGGUGGAUUAUUUAUUGGAUCGUUAGAAUGUUUCGCCACGCUGGUGAAAGCUUCGGUAUCUUACUUUACCUUCAUAUAUUCUGCGCAAUAAGGCAAAUUGGAUUAAAUAAAAAUGUGAUAUAGAUAUAAUUAGUACAAAGCCAAAUAAUACAAUUAAUUUACAUUUAAAUUUGGUAGUGUAUUACAAUUUUUAGUACAUAGAUUAGUUAGAGAUAUUACUUAGAGAGAUAUAAGAUUUUCAAAAUAAAAUUAUUUAAUCAAAGAUA